AUGUCUGUUGUAAGCGGCAGUGAACUUGCGUCGGAGGGAAAGUCUCAGGAUACCGACAGUGGAGUUGAGAAAGCCGAACUGCGCCCUGGUGGUGCUUCACCGACUCCACCGUGCUCGUUGGACGAAAUGUUCUCGAAUCGGUACACUACUAGCAACCACUCUUAUGCCAAAAUUUCUGAAGGGUUCGAUCCCGUUAUCUGUUUGUACCCAUUCCAUUCUAAACCUAAGCACUUUGAAAGGAACAGACCACACUAUGGCAGCGGUGGUAGGUGGGGUAACAACGAGCCAAGAAAUGAUUGGAAGCAUGACAAUCGAGGUGAUUUCCGCAGGCAUCCGUAUAACAAAAGACAGCGACCGUCGUGGAGCCACCACUAA